AACCCGCCAAAAAGUACACACAGAUACACGAACUACAACUCCCACACUUCCGUAGUCGUAAAGACACCGCCCCUUUUACUCACAUGACCAUGAUGAACCAAUGGAGAGUGUCGUUACAGGCGCAAUGCGGUUGUUGGGAUGUAAGGAGGAAUGGCGACGGUCGAGACGAUUUGGAGGCCAGGGUAGAAUUGAAUUGGACCAAACAGAAGCAGCUCACAGAUUUUACUCCCAGCUGAAUGCUUUGUCCCGAAAUGGAAACUGAAGUGACAGUGUCCUCCUCAUCCAGAGUGGUCCCAUCCUCCACUCCACAGACUGCAGCCACCCCUGCCAACUUGGCAGCAAAACAGAGGGACAGCAGAAAGACGACCCCUGCCUUUCUGUCGAACCUGGGGAAGGCCACACUGCGUGGCAUUCGCAAGUGCCCUCAGUGUGGCGUCUAUAAUGGCACUCGUGGGCUCAGCUGCAAGAAUAAAGCCUGUGGGAUUUCCCUCAGGAAUGCAUCAGCAGGGGGCAGAAGCAACAAGAAGGGGGCAGUGGAGGUGGUGAAAGUCAUAAUAGAUAGUGAGGACAGAGCAGGGAAAGAGCGUGAGGAAGGGGGUGUCAUGGGAGGUAGUGCAAGUGGGGGUGCACAGGUGUUUUCAGUGUGUCACAAAGGAAGAGGAGCCACAGCUACACAGUUGGGUUUUGUUGAACUUGUCCCCACUGAUACUGCAAUAGCAACUGGUGACGGAGCCACACUGCUCACCAGGAUCAACCUGGGCCGCUGUUUUUUGCCCUCUUGCAGACAGGGUCAAAGGUCAAAUCAAGGCCAGGCAGAAUCAGCAGGGGCUAACUCUAAACAGUCCACUGACAGUCUCUGUGUCCACAUUAAGCAAGCCAUCGAGUGUCAGAGCUGUGCAACCCCAUUGACCUUAAAGAGCUCUGUCCUGGAGGGUUUACAGGUCUCCAUUCAAGACAGGGAGGAGCUGUGGAGGCUGGCCACGGAGUCCCCGGGGCCUCUGGUGCAACGUGUCGCUAAAGACACGCUGGUGGUGAAGUGCCAUACAGAUUCACACCAUCCUCUGGGUCUGCUGCACCUCACUGUUGGUGCAAGUGGGCUAUCUGAGGUUUCGAAAAGUGAGAGAAAGAGCAGGGAACCACAGCAGAGUGCUCUCUUUCACUGUGCCUGCCAGGCCAGCAACAAAAGAUCUAAACCAGGCGUUGAUGGGGCAGGUGUGUCCACCAACUCUCAGCCUCCAUCAGGCUCGGUCACACCACAACCCUGCCUUCACUUCUACGCCUGUGUGUGUGCUUUUGCAAGCGAUGAGAAACUGGCUUCUGAGUUUGCAGGUUUCAUCAACUACACCCCCAAUGGCGUGCAGCAGAAUGCUCCCUGUAUAGAUUGUCCCAGUGAGAAGUCUUUGCAGCCGGUCGAGCCUGUCAACUCUCAUCAUAAAACAAAGAGACUUCGCCCAGAUGAGUCUGUUUCCGCCCCCUCAGUGGCCUCUCCCUCUGGGGUGGUGAAAGACGGAGUGUCGGCCUCCGGCCUGAGGAAAGCUGGUCAGAGGAAAGCUCCUGGUGCCAGUGGGUCGAAGGCUCCAGGGAGUGUCCAGGUUGUGGAUGAACGUACCGUGAAUAUGAGCUUCCAUCACUGGCUGGCCAGUGUCACAGAGAGGAUCCACCAGGCAAUGCACUACCAGUUUAAUGGUAAACCGGAUCCUCUUGUGUACCACAUUCCUCAGGAGUUCUUCAAUGCACUGCAGCAUCGUUUGUCACUUGGUUCGAAGAAGAGGAGGCUGCCCAAUUUCACAACAGCGUUUGUAAGGAAUGAUGGACUCCCCCUUGGCUCUUUCUCUAAGUACACCUGGCACAUUACGAAUCCCAUGCAGGUCAAACGCAUCUUUGAUACUCCAGAGUUGUCUCUGGAGCUCACUCAGAGUUUUGUAAAAAAUGCAGACGGCUCCUAUUCGCGCUUUCACUGUCCUGAACCCCCCCUUGAACUGGAAGUACCAGAGGGAUGCAGGACCGAGCGGCCGCAGGCUAUACGGCCCAUGGAGCUCCGCACGUUUCUCAAAGUUGGUCCAGGCUCUGCAGACCAGAAAGACGCCAGUCCCUUUGUGAUCGAGUGGAUCCCAGACGUUCUCCCUCUGUCUCGAGUGGGAGAGCUCAGGAUUAGCUUCGAGUUUGGGCAUCAGCAGAGCGGUCAGCCGGACUACUGUGAGAAAAACAAUGCGGCUGACAAAGGAGGUCGUAACAAGCUGGAUUCUACCCAAAGCAAACGCACAGUGGCCCUUGAAAUCGUUCAGGUAGUUGUCUAGUGGCACUCAAGGCUCCUCAUUUUUAUACAGAAACCAGUAUUGAGAGCAGCAGCAAUCAAUUUUAUCUGCCUCUCUCAGAUGUUAUGAAACCCCAGAUUGAUGGACACAUACCAAAUAAAGAUUAGUAAAUGACAUGUAGAGCAACAAACCCUUUUAUCUGCUUUAUGUCAUGCUGAAAUAUGGAUAAUCAGUGGCUAUAUGAGUGUACAUUAUUGAUAAACAGGAUUUUUUUUAGCAUUAAAUCUCAGAAGAGCAUUUUAAUCCUUGCUUAUAGCUAAACGUUUGUGAAAAAAUGACGCUUAUUUUUGUAGCACAUAAUCAGCAAAUGCUACUUGACAUACAAUCAUUGACUUUUUGAGUAAACAAAACAAACUUAUACUCACCAAGUUGUCAAGGAGAACAUGUAUGAGUUUUAACUUGACUGAACAGCUACUGAAGGACCUUUUUUGUCAGAGAACAAUGAGAUGUUCCCUCUGUCCUGUAUUUUUGUUGAAUGGUCUUGUAUUCCUUUAUUGAAUUGUGUAUUUGCAGUACAAGUAUUCACCAGCAGGUGGAAGCACAGGUCUGUGUCAGAGUUGAACGCUAGCAGUGGAGGUGGAACAUAUAAGGACUAUGCAAACUGUCUUACUUUUAAGAUGAUCAGUGUGACCCACUCAUCAUUGUACUUUUUUCUGUGUUUGAAAAAGUACCAAUAUAGAUUAAAAAUUAGGUGUAUAGUUGA